CACUAAGUAGUUCACCGACUCACUGACAAUGCCAUGAGCGCUGUCUGAGUACAAGUCGCUCCAAUGCCGCACUACACCAUCCCCAUCAGCUCCUCCAACGGCCGCAACUCGCCCAAACCUCCGCCGAGCACCGUCUACACAGUCUCCGAGCCUCCCUAUCAUGGUCAGCUCAAGACUACCACCGAUGCCUACCGCUCGUCUUCUCCCGACACCGCCAUCGUCAUUGACAAUGGCUCGUCAGCCAUACGCGCUGGCUGGCAAUCAGAUGCCGAUCCUCGUCUGGUCUUCCCUCCGCUCAUGGCGCGCUACACCGAUCGCAAACUGAAUCGCAAGCUGAAUUUCAUCGGCUCGGAAAUUUAUUUUGACGGAACUGCGAGAGGACAGGCCAAGAACAUCUAUGAGCCGGGGAGCAACAUCAUUAACAAUUGGGAUGUUCAAGAGGGCGUUCUGGAUUACAUCUUUCUCAAAUUGGGAUUGGGAGAAGCAAACAAGAGCGUGAUUGACAGGCCGAUUGUCAUGACCGAGCCGCUCGCGAAUCCGCAAUACACGAGGAAAGUGAUGAGCGAGAUCCUGUUCGAGCUGUAUGGCGCGCCUUCUGUCGCAUACGGCGUAGACAGCCUGUUCAGCUAUCACUACAAUGGAGGCAAUACAGGGCUGGUAGUCUCGAGUGCCAACAUGAGCACACAUCUGAUCCCAGUAGUGGACAAGCAACCAAUGAUCAGCGCGGCGACUCGGUUAGACUGGGGUAGAGCGCAAUGUGCUGGGUUCUUGGAGAGACUGCUGCGCAUCAAGUAUCCUGGGCUAUUGACAACGGGAAAAGUGAAUGAGACGCAGAUUGAGGAUUUGGUCAAGCAACACUGCUAUGUCAGCCGGGACUACGAUGGAGAGAUGAAGCAAAUGCUAGAUUGGACAGGCCUGGAGGACCGAGAUCAUGUCGUACAGCUUCCGUUCCAGGAGAAAGAAGUCGUGCAAAAGACAGAUGAAGAAAUCGCACGGGCCGAGGAGAAAAGACGUGAAGGAGGGCGGAGACUGCAAGAACAAGCUGCGAAAAUGCGCUUGGAAAAGCUAAUUCGUAAAGAAGAGGAAGUGGAGUACUACAAGCAGGUACAGCAGCAGAUUCAGGAUGCUACGACGAAGAAGGAAAUUCGAGCCAUCUUGGACGACGAGGAGUUCAAGGACGAGAACCAGCUGAACAAGAAGAUCAUUGAGAUGGAGAAGAGUAUACGAAAGCAGAGGAAUAAAGAUGUCGGGGACCUGGAAGAAGAAGUUGUCGAGGAGCCCACAUACCCGCUCCUGGACAUUCCCGACGCGGAGCUGGACGAGGAAGGCAUCAAGGCGAAGAGACAGCAGAAGCUCCUCAAAGCAAACCACGAUGCACGUGCGAGAGCAAAGGCUGAGAAGGAAGCGGAAAAAGCACGCCAGGUUGAGCUGCAAAGACAGGAUGACCUGCGACGCGAGGCAGACCUCGACGGAUGGGUAGAGGAGCGCCGCGCCGCACGUCUAGCUGUCAUCCAGAGAAUCAAAGAGCGCGAGCGAUUAAAGGCCGAGCUUGGCAAUCGCAAGUCUCAAGCCGCCCAAUUACGAAUGAAGCAGAUUGCCAAUCUGGCCUCAGAUCAGCCUACCAAGAAGCGGCGGCGAGGUGGCAAUGAUGACGACGGAUUCGGCGCUGACGACGAUGACUGGAUGGUAUAUCGAGAAAUCCAGGCCGGCAAGGAAGAUGACGAGGAAGAUGAAGAAGAGGAUUACCAGGGACAGCUGAAGGCCAUUGAGGCGCAAUUACUCGAGCACGACCCCGACUUCACGAUUGAGAGCACUCUGGAGCAACAAAAGGACUGGACUAAGAGCUUAGUGCACGCUUUCACACGAGGACCCUACCCGUUCGAUACGGAAAGUGCCAGGGAAAGCAGCCAAUUCCACCUCAACGUCGAACGGAUCCGUGUACCGGAGGUCAUCUUCCAACCCAGCAUCGCAGGCGUCGAUCAAGCCGGUAUCGUGGAGAUUGCAGAAGAUAUUCUCAUGCAACGUCUCUCUUCACAUGCCGCGCGCGACGACAUCUUGAAAGACGUCUUCCUCACAGGAGGCUAUACAUUCUUCCAAGGCUUCGAAGAACGGCUUCGAGAUGAGUUACGUGCUGUCCUGCCCGCCGAAGUGCAGCUCAACGUUCGCAAAGCAAAGAAUCCUUCACUUGAUGCUUGGAAAGGUGCUGCGAAGUGGGCAAGCUCGAGCGAAAGUCGGACCAACUUCGUCUCCAAGGAGGAAUGGGCGGAGAAGGGUGGGGACUAUUUGCGAGAGCACAAUCUGGGUAAUGUUUUCACGUAAGCUGGCCGGGUUGACAAGACGAGAAAUGUGUAUUAUUACUCUGAUGAUUAUAGCGAUGGCGUUCGGGUGGGAUCGAGAAGAGUGGCAUAGAUGCCGAUCAAUAUGGGCAGAGAGGUAUACUUGCUAGAGGGCAUGGGAAAGACCUUGGAUGCGAGCC